AUGAUUCAUGCCAAAUGGCAAGGACACGAGUACAAACGCGUGUGCGGCACGAUCGUCUCGACGGACAUACGCCCGCAGGGUGACAGGCGCCUGAAGGAUCAAAGGUCUGAGGUCGUGACUGCAAUGGAAGAGACCUUAGAAGACAUAGUGGAGAAAGACGACGUUCCUUCAGUUUUCGUGCUUUACAUUCUAUCCCACGGCAAUAUAGAUGGAGAAAUAUUCACCGACCAUUACGAGAGUGAGGAUUCGGACAAAUUCAUUUCCUUCUCCACGACCGACAUUUUCGACUCUUUGAAAAAUCUGACGCUCUUUGAAGACUGCUUGAAAAUCAUCAACUUUGGGCCAUGCCGAGGGGAAUUUUUUGACACAAUUUACAGUGCCAACCAAGAAAAGUUUGACAACAAAAAUUCUUGUCGCAUUACCUAUCAACCAGAGAUGCGCAACUUAGUUGUCUUUUACUCAACUGUGGAAACUACUAGAGCAAUCCGUGGAGUGUCCGGAACGGCAUUUAUCCGAGAAGCUUGCAAGGUCCUGGACACCCUGGAGAAAGACGAGUCCCUUUUAAACGUCCUUACCUCAAUCCAGAACCAAAUCCACAACAAUUUGAAGGACAACUACAACGUAAAGGAAGGAGUCUACAUCAGUCAAACCCCAGAGGUUAAAAUGUUUGCAUUAAAUCGAAGAUUUUUCUUUGCAAAAAGCAGCUUGGUUUCUUCUAACUCCUGCUCCUCUGGUGAUGUUUCAAGAGUGAAAGUAGAUUCUGAGUUUUUCCCUUGGAAAUCAGACUCAGGAGCAAACGUGAGACACCGCCGAGCGUUCCUUUUAUUCUCGGAGCCAAAUGACACCGUGAAUGAAAUUAGAAAAGCCCUCUCAGGAAACCUCCAAUUCGAAAUUAGCGAGAGGAUGCUGAGCGAAUCAUCUCUGGAGCUGUACUACAAGGAAGUAUCUGAGCUGGAACCUGACGUCGGCUGCGUUUUUACAUUUAUUAUUGCAAAAUUAAGUGAAAAAGAAGAUACGAGAGAAGUUUGCUGCCGAUUUGGUGAUGAGGACAUUGCAAUAACUGAGAUCCUGCGUAAUUUUAUCGGGCCAAACAAUGACAAGUGGAUCGGAAAGCCCAAAAUAUUUAUCCUAGUUGACCAGGAGGCAACAAAAACCGACGCAGGCGGCUCUAUGAAAAUUUCAUGGCCGAAGAAUUUCGAAGUAACUUCAACGAACCACAGUGGUUGGCUUGUCCUAGUUUUGCAAAACAAAGACAAACUUCAAUUGCUGAUCGAAAUCUUCAAAGGCCGAGAGCUAAAGGAAGGAAAAAGCCUGCAAGAAUUGGUCGAAAAACUUUUAAUUUCAGAAUCGAAAGAACGGGCUCUGCUCAACUCGACUUUGCACUUCAAACUCGACUUUCCGGAUUUUCCAAGAUCUUUCCUCAAGCCUCACUUCUUAGUCAAGGGUUUGCCAGAGUUUGAUAGUGAAAAAGUGUUGUCCUUUGACACGAUUUUGGAAAAAGCUUUGAAAGGUAACCGUAUCUGGGUCUUGCGUUCUGUUGCUGGUGCAGGAAAAACGACUGUUCUUAGAGAAAUUGCUUUCCAACUCGGGUUACUAAAUAUUCAACAGAAAAUACUGCGCAUAUCCCUCGCGAGCAUCUCUAACAAAUUGAUAUCGAAGAGAGGAAUAGACGAAAUUGAGUUCCUCGCAGGAGCUACGCACAAUCCAGUCAAAGAAGAAGUUAAGAAAUGGAUUGAAAGCAGAAAUUGCGUCGUUUUUCUUGACGGUUUCGACGAGAUCGACUCAAAAUAUCAAGGAAAUAUAAUGACAUUGAUCAAAGCUUUGAAACAAAGAUCGAUUCCCGUUUGGAUUGGAACGAGACCCCAUGAAGCAAAAAUGAUUGAAGAAGCUGUGGAAAAUGUGGUCUCAGCAGAAAUCAGGCCAUUGAACAAAGAACAACAAAUCGUAUUAUUGCAAUUGGAAACCAAGAAAAGUAGAAAGCAGUGCCAAACAUUCCUUGCCAAUUUUCCGUCGAAGGAUAUUCUGCAAAACCCCUUGCACCUCUCAUUGGUUGCUCGGAGCGAAGGCAAGAGCAACUUGCAUGAUGUUUACAAGCAGAUUGUGGAGCUUAAGGUGGAAAUGUGUUUGAUAGAAAGAAAUGGACUUGACCCAAACCACAAAAAAUUCGGAAAUGAGUUGGAUUCUGCAAUGGAGCUUCUUGAAACAACAGCGUUUGAUUCGAUAAGUUUUCGACCUACGUGUGAGACAAAAGAAAGACUGGAAAGAGUUAACGGCUAUGGAGUUGCCACCUUUGAAAAUGACAAGCUCACUUUCAUUCAUCAAACCUUCGCCGAGUUUCUUGCAGCCCAAAAAAUUGUACACGAUAUUGAGGAAAAUUGCAAGUUGGAGUCUGGCUUGUUCGACAAGUACAAUCUUAGCCAGUGUUGGAAGUUUGUUGAUUUGUACUAUUGCACAAUAUUGCGCAAUGAAGAGAAGAUAAAAGUGCAUAGACAAGCAUUUCUAGACGUAGCAAGAUUAAAUCCAGAUGGGUUCCUGGAAAAAGUUGCUGAAGAGGGCUUGAGAAACAUUUUCUCCAUGCUGAAACCUUUCAUGACUUUUGAUGAAACAAAAGUUGGUCACAUUUGCUAUUCGAGGAAUUUGAACACUUUGGAGCGUGCAGUUAAGAGCGCCGACGAAAUCGCAGCUCAUUUGAUUGAAAUGGAUUUUUUCGAAGGCGAAGAUCAGGUGCUUGAAAGUUUACCUGUCUUAGUGCGAAAAGCGGCAAAAUACAACGCAAUUCUCUUCUUAAAUAAGUUUAAGGAUGAGAAGUUUAAAAAAUUGCUAAUGAUGAUUGAGUCCAUUGAUCCUAUGAUCUCAGCAGCUGUUAGAGGACACGAUGAAAUUCUUGAUUUUCUUCUUCAAAAUACAGUUCAAACAGAAGCAACCAAUGGACGUUAUACUUUGAAUGAAGACCUUCUUCGCUCUUCUUGCAGGUGUGGAUCCAUCAAAUGUGUGAAAGUUCUCUUCAAACAUGGAGCCAGAGAAAUCAGAGAUGAAUCCCUAUUAGAAGUAUCUGCCAUAUUCGGUCACCUUGAAUUGGUCAAGUUUUUGUUGGAGGAUAAGAUCAGGGCAAGGACAGAGUUCGAAGAUUGGAGAGCUUACAAAUGUGCUGUAGAAAGUGGUCACACAGACGUCGCGAAAUAUUUGUUAGAAAAGUGUCCCAAUUUGAUAAGCCUCAAAAUUCAAUCAGCUGAAAGUCCUCUUCACUUGGCAGCAAAGAGAGAAAAUUGGAAAUUGUGUCAGUGGAUUGUGAACGAAGCAGGUGCCGAUGUGACCACUUUGAUUCCGAGUGGAGAUUCGAAAGAUUGGUCAAAGGUGGAAAAUAAGUACGCCGACUUCUUUCUGAUGCUUCAAAAUGAGGUCAACAAAAAAGACGACAGGGGAAAGACUGCCAUUCACUGCGCAUCGGAAUAUGGUAUUUUGGAACUCGUUCGCAAGUUGAUUAAUUCUGGAGCAAACGUUAGAGAAAAGGACAAUAGCGGAUGGAACUCCUUUCACUUUGCCUGCAAGAACCAGAGAGACAAAAGUAUUGAAAUAAUCCAACUGUUGCUCAGCACGGAUAAACAACUUGUCAAAGAGAAAACCAGAAAUGACCAAACCGGCCUGCAUAUAUUUCUCCAAAGUUGUCACCGUGAAAAGAAAACCGGAAGUGACCAAACCAAACUGGAUAUUAUUCUCGAAAGAGUUUUCCGGCGUGAUAGAUUUCAAAUCAACAAAUUUUUAUGUGUCCUGAUUGAGCAAGCAGAAGUUGACGCGAAAGCAGUGGACAAGGAAGGAAGAACAGCUUUCUCCAUCGCUGUUGACAGAAACUUGCGAUGCGUCACAUAUUUACUGAAGAAGGUAAUCGACCUUGGUUUCAAGAAUUUAGAGGGACGGUCACAUUUGCAUUUGGCUGCGGAAUGGAAUGACAACGAAGCUCUACAAAUUUGGAAAAAUCUGGGUGGCGAUCUGAACAUCAGAGACAAAACAGGCUCGACGCCGAUGCAGGUUGCCGCAGAGAAGGGAAAUUUCAAGUUUGUGGAGAAACUCGUAGAACUUGGAGCUGACGUCAACGCUACGAAUGACAAGGGAGAAACUGCUCUUCACAUUGCAAGUGCAAAAGGAUGUCUGCAAACUGUUGACUGCUUGUUAAAAAAGGUAGCUGACGUCAAUCAGAGAGGAGAUAAAGGCAAAACCGCUCUACAUCACGCAGCUGCCAACUCAAUUAAACGAUUGCAUCUGGUGCAAAAUCUUGUAGAACACGGGGCAAGUUUGACUAUAUCAGACAACGAUGGAGAGAAUGUGUUGCACCAUGCAAUCGAGUGUAAAAAUGAAAUCACGGUUAGACUGGAGGAAAUUUCAAACGACGACGUAAUCCAUUGGCUUGUGGAUCAGAAUUGCGUUGAUUUGAAUGCGAGAAAUAACUUGGGCGAAACAUUGCUCAUACUGGCUUCCAAGAAAUUUAGAUGGGAAAUCGUCAGCUUUCUGCUGUGCAAAAACGUCGAUGUCAACAUACAAGACGAAAAGGGAAAAACGGCUCUGCACUACGCCGCAAAAUCAUCAAAUUUGGAUAUCGUGCGAGAGUUGAUAGAGAAUGGAGCAGACACAAAGUUGACAGACAACAAAGGAAAACAUGCUUUGCACCAUUCACGUCGCAAAAAUAUUUUUGACUUCAUUUUUGAGAAAAACAGGGACUUGGCGAGAGCAAAGUUGAUAAACGGAAACACAAUUUUGCAUUCUGCCGCAAAACAUGAUAUCGUUAGUGAUUCCCUCUUUUCCUGGCUCAAGGAGCUGAAUGAAGUCGAUUUAAAUGCGAAAAAUAAUUUGAACGAAACUGCACUGCUGUUGGCUUGCAAAAAAAGAAGUUGGAAAUUUGCUAAGCAGCUGCUACUAGCUGAAGAUGUUGAAAUCAACACGGUAGAUCUAGAGGGAAGGACCGCUCUGCACUACGCCGCUCAAUGUAGGGAUUUGGAUAUCGUGCGAGAGUUGAUAGAGAAAGGAGCAGACAUUAAGUUGACGGACAAAAAAGGAAAAAAUACUUUGCACCAUGCACUUCACACACAUAUUUUUGAAUUCAUCUUUGAGGAAAACAGGGACUUGGCGAGAGCAAAGUUGAUAAACGGAAACACAAUUUUGCAUUCGGCCGCAAAACAUUAUAUCGUUAGUGAUUCCCUCUUUUCCUGGCUCGAGGAGCAGAAUGAAGUCGAUUCGAACGCGAAAAACAAUUUGAACGAAACUGCACUGCUUUUGGCGUGCAAAAAAACGAGUUGGAAAUUCGCUAAGCAGCUUCUAUCAGCUGAAGAUGUUGAAAUCAACACGGUAGACCUAGAGGGAAGGACCGCUCUGCACUACGCCGCUCAAUGUAGGGAUUUGGACUUAAUGCGCAAGUUAAUUGAAAAAGGCGCAGACCCUAGUGUGACCGACAAGGAAGGGAAAAAUGUUUUGCACUACGCGAUUUGGGAUUUAUACAUGUUUAUGUUCAUCCAUGAAAUAAACGGUGAUUUGAUGAAACUGCGCUUGAAUAACGGAGAUACAACCUUGCAUUUGGCUAUUAAAUCUUCGAAUGAUUACGUCAUUUUUUGGCUCGUGACGGAACGGCUAGUCGAUCUAAAUUGCACAAACGAUGAAGGAGAAACAGCGCUGCUGCUUGCUUGCAAAAAUGGUAAUUGCAGAGCGGCGGAAUUGCUGCUGUCAAAAAAUGUGGACAUACACACACAAGACAAUAGUAAAAAAACGGCAUUGUACUACGCCAAAAAAUUAAAUUCUUGGUUUGGCAAUAGUUUAGUGAAAGAACUGCUCGAUCAUGGGGCUUAAAUAAAGAAACACGAUUCAUGUUUAAAACUCUAGAACGAGAAAUAGUUCCAAGUUUGGAUGAUAGCACUUAUUACUUUACUUUGUUCGAAUUGGUUAUAUUAUGUCGCAUUCC